UAUACGAAUAUUAAUGUAAUGUAAGUGCAUCUAGGUAAUGUCGGCUUUGUAUGUACGAUGCAAACUCUUCUUACUCACAUGUACAUACAUACCUUAUGUUAGGUACCUACAUAUGCAACAUGGAAGUAUCUCGGAACUUGGUUUACGAGGUCUUCACUCAUGGGAAGUACAUACGCUAGGUACCUAGGGAAGAUGUAUGUAGUAAUGUAUGUAAAUAUCGAUGGGACGGAAUCCUUGGUAUCCGAACUCGCAACGCUAUCUUAGACUUGGCUACCAUCUUACUGUAACAAUAAAUCGCCUUGUCCCGAUCCCUUGUUCCCUUGUCGAGAAGCUGUUAAGAGCUAUUUAGAAGCUAUAUAGAUAGGUAACCAAACCACUUCCACAAGGCUUCGAGUUCCCCUUUCAUCUUCAUCUUCAUCUUCAUCUACAACCAUACAAUUAUAUAUAUCCUCUCACACGUCCUCUUACACACAUUCUCAUAUAAAGUAAAUAUUAGUCUAUAUAAAAACCAGCAACGAUGACUACCCUCAAAGCCGGAGACAACUUCCCCGAAGGCGUCACCUUCACCUACGUCCCCUACACCCCCGAGCUCGCCGGCGUAACAGCCUGCGGCAUCCCCGUCAAGUACGACGCCAGCAAAGAAGCUAAAGACAAGAAAAUCGUCAUCGUCUCCGUCCCCGGCGCCUUCACACCCACCUGCCAAAAUACCCACAUCCAGGGCUACAUCGAGAAGCUCCCUCAGCUCAAGGCCGCCGGCGUCGACCAGGUCCUAGUCAUCUCCUACAACGACGCCUGGGUCCAAGCAGCCUGGGCCAAGGCCAACGGCAUCAAGGACGAGAUUAUCUUCGCCUCCGACGACGGCGCCCCCUUCAGCAGCAGCAUCGGCUGGACCCUCGGCGCCCGCACCGCCCGCUACGCCAUCGUCGUCGACCACGGCAAGGUCAUCUACGCCGAGAAGGAGCCCGACAAGGGCGUCACCGUCUCCGGCGUCGACGCCGUCCUAGCCAAGCUAUAAUAAGCAAAAAAGAAACUCACCUACCUACCUAACUACCCUACCCAUGAUACCAACACUGAAACCGGACUUCGAGCUAUAUAUAGAGUAGGAAGAUAGGCAAUGGACGGAUGGAAAUUAGAAAGGGGACUGGGCCAAGUAUACCGAGACGUACGCUGAGCAGUCAGUCGUGGUCUGAUCCAAGACAUCUAUCUAUCUGGCUGGCCAGCUCGCUGCUCUGGAACAAAGCCCCCCUCCGAAUUAGAAGUUAGUAAAUAAACUACAUUUUAAUAGAUUCUAUUCUGCUCA